UGUGGGACUCAACAAGGAGGUUUUCCUUGACGUGGCCGGUGAGCUUACACUCCAAUGGCCGUGGGAAUGAUAAUCAAACCCCAAUGAUAUCAAUUUACACAGGGAUUUGGGAUAGUGCACAGCACAGAUAAUCUGCCUGGGUCUGGCACUGCUCCCUGUGUGACUCGCACAGCCAGACAGAGCUCCGAGAUAAUCCCUCCUUCCCCGGGGCCUGCACCAACACAACACUUUCACUUUCAUUUCUCGGGAUGGCGUCUGCAGAGCUGCUGGAGGAGCUGAACUGCUCCAUCUGCUUGAAUAUUUACAGCGAUCCCAUCAUCCUGAGCUGCGGACACAACUUCUGCCGAGCCUGCAUCGGGAGUGUUCUGGAUUCACAAGAAGGAUCUGGAGUUUAUAGCUGCCCCGAGUGCCGAGCAGAGUAUCAACAACGUCCUGCUCUGCAGAGGAAUCUAAAGCUUUGCAAGAUUGCCGAACAUUUCCAUUCGAUUUAUCCAGAACAGGAUUCUGGGAUCGUAUGCACCUACUGUGUGUAUACUCCAGUACCAGCUGUCAAGACGUGUCUGCACUGCGAGGCCUCUCUCUGCGAAACCCACCUGAGGGCACAUAUCAAAUCAGAUCUACAUGUCUUAUCUGAACCCACCAAGUGUCUGGAGGAUAAAAAGUGCUCCAUCCAUAAGAGGUUCCUGGAGUACUAUUGCUCCGAGGAUGGGGCCUGCAUCUGUGUCUCCUGCCGCCUGGACGGGACACACAGGGGACACCAGGUGGAGACUCUAUGUAAGGCCUCUGAGGAGAAGAAGCAGAAACUGACCCAACUUCUCGGGAAUCUGACCUCAAAGAGAGAGGAGACUGGGAAAAGAGUCCAGAGACUGCAGGAACAGAGAAAAGAAGUGCAGGAUAAAGCGGCUGGUGUUAUGAAAAAUAUGAGGGCAUUGUUUAAAGAGCUCCAUAACGAGCUGGAAUUCCUGGAGAAACGAAUUAUGAUUGAAAUCUCCUGGCAAAGUGUCCAAAUCUCACUAAGAGCCUCCCAUCUGAUCAGUCAACUGGAAGUCCAGAAAGAAGAGCUGUCCAAGAAGAUGGGUCACAUCGAGGAGAUGUGUACGUUGACGGACCCAUUCACGUUCUUACAAAGACGGGAAGAUGGAGAUUCCGAGGCAGCAAAUGGAGAUGACAGUGUAUCAGAAUUAGGGGAUCUGGAUGAGGGUCAGAUCUCUGCUACCUUGCAUUCGGGCUUAACUGAUAUUUUGACUGGUGCCACAAUGAACAGCGGAAUCUCCGGCCAGAGAUUCUCCAAUAUAUCUCAUUCCAGAAUUACGGGAAGCGAACCUGUGUUGCGUGACUUUAAAAUAUCCCGCAGGCACUUUUAGACGAGAAUCCCAGUCCAACCUGCAGCGAUUAUGGAUACACCUGGGUUAUUGUGUAAUUAUUGGACACUGACACUGUUAUACUAUUGGCCGCGUGUCUAUAGACAAAACGCUAAAUGUGGUGUAAUCCCUUUGGAAACCAGCACAUGUUCUGUAUGUGGCUAUAAUCAAUAGAUUAGAGAGAUUCACUUCUGUAUAAUAUAUACCAAACCAAAGUGGGGAACCGCUAUUAAAUAUGAAGUUAAUUAUCGGUUUCAGCAGAACUAUCUCUGUAAACUUUUGAUAGGACCCUUUAGGGGUUUAUAGAUAUUUAGUAAAAAUAACCCCAAGGUGACAUGUCUGUUUUAUGGUUGAGGAGGGGAGAAACAAACACAAAAUACUUAUCUGAAAUUAUUUGCCAGUUUUACACUCCCCCUCCCCCCCCCCUUU